ACGCUGAGCGCAAUCAAGCACGUACCUUCUCCCUUUGUAGCCACCCACCGUUUCCCUAACACCGACUCUGAGCCGAGCCGUCGCACAUUUCCUUCAACCCUAUAAAACCACCACACAGCCUCCUUGGUAUCAAAACGCAACCGUUUCGUUCUGCGAUCGAGGAUGUCAGGGCUAGCUUGCAACGCCUGUAACAAAGAGCUCAAGGACGACACCGAGCAGAGGCUCCAUUACAAGUCCGAAUGGCACCGCUACAACCUCAAGCGCAAGGUAGCUGGGGUUCCUGGAGUGACAGAAGCAUUGUUUCUUGCAAGACAAGCUGCACUUGCUCAGGAGAAAAAUGGUGCAAAUGAAACCCCAAUGCUCUACAGCUGUGCUCUUUGUGGCAAAGGGUAUAGAAGUUCCAAGGCUCAUGCUGAGCAUCUCAAAUCACGAAGUCACAUUAUGCGCGCUUCUCAAGGGACUGGUGAUGAAGAAGAAGACAAGGCAAUAGUCAGGCCACUUCCGAGUCGUGCGAAUAAAGCUCCCCCUAGGAGAGAGGAAAUUGAUGAGGAGAGUCACGAAAGUGAAGAAAGUGGAGAUGAGUGGGAGGAGGUUGACCCUGAGGAUGAGUUGGUUAGUGAGACUGCAAAAUCUUUGACUGGUUUAAAUGUAGAUGGGCAUGCUUCUAAUGAGGAUAUGGAUGAAGAUGAUGAUGACGAUGACUAUGAGGAGUUGGACCCAUCAUGUUGCUUUAUGUGCGAUAAAGAGCAUAAGACCAUAGAGAGAUGCAUGAUUCACAUGCACAAACACCAUGGAUUCUUCAUUCCUGAUAUUGAGUAUUUGAAGGACCCGAAAGGUCUUCUUACUUAUCUUGGUCUCAAGGUUAAAAGGGAUUUCAUGUGUCUGUACUGCAAUGAUAGGUGCCAACCCUUUAACAGUUUGGAAGCAGUUAGGAAGCAUAUGGUGGCAAAAAGCCACUGCAAGGUACACUAUGGAGAUGGUGGUGAUGAAGAAGAAGCAGAGUUGGAUGAGUUCUAUGAUUACAGCAGCAGUUAUGUCGAUGAGGCUGGCAAGCAACUAGUUGUAUCAGGUGAGACGGCCAACAGUGUCGAACUUGGGAGUGGUGGUGCUGAGCUCAUCAUUACUACAAGAUCUGAUCAUGGGAUAUCAAGCAAAGCACUUGGUUCCCGGGAAUUUAUGCGCUAUUAUCGCCAGAAACCACGCCCAUCACCUAACCAUAUGGCCAUCACAGCUGCAGUGGCUGCAAGGUACAAGAGCAUGGGGUUGGCAACUGUGCAAUCAAAGGAACGAAUGGUGCAGCUGAAAGUACUGAAGGAAAUGAGAAGAUCAGGAGUCGAGGCCAUGCGCAGUAAGAUGGGAAUGAAAAGCAAUGUGAUCCGAAACCUCCCCAAGAAUGUUCCAUUCUAGUCCUUUCAAGAGUGUUCUAUGCCCAGAGUUUUUUUGUUUAGUUCCUGCACUUUUCAUUUCUCAGUAAUAGUUUCUACCAGUAAACAUCAUUAAAAUAUCUUGGGGUUUUGCCUGUCUGACAUGAAUUGCGGGUUCCUAAGUAGCAAUAUUAUAGUACUUACCAUGGAUUUUCUAUAAGUUUCAAUGUUAUAGUACUUAUGAAGUUGUAUUUUUUGUAAA